AUGGGCUCCGGGGGCCGGGCGCUGUCCGUGGUGCCGGCUGUGCUGCUGGCCCUCACUCUGCCCGGGCUGCCCGUCUGGGCGCAGAACGACACGGAGCCCAUCGUGCUGGAAGGCAAGUGCCUCGUGGUGUGCGACUCGAACCCGGCCACGGACUCCAAGGGCUCCUCUUCCUCCCCUCUGGGGAUCUCGGUCCGGGCGGCGAACUCCAAGGUCGCCUUCUCGGCGGUGCGUAGCACCAACCACGAGCCGUCGGAGAUGAGCAACAAGACGCGCAUCAUUUACUUCGAUCAGAUCCUAGUAAAUGUGGGUAAUUUUUUCACCCUGGAGUCUGUCUUUGUAGCACCAAGGAAAGGAAUUUACAGUUUCAGUUUUCACGUAAUUAAAGUCUACCAGAGCCAAACAAUCCAGGUUAACCUGAUGUUAAAUGGAAAACCAGUAAUAUCUGCCUUCGCUGGGGAUAAAGACGUUACACGUGAGGCUGCCACGAAUGGGGUCCUGCUCUACCUGGAUAAAGAGGAUAAGGUUUACCUAAAACUGGAGAAAGGUAACUUGGUCGGAGGCUGGCAGUAUUCCACGUUCUCUGGCUUUCUCGUGUUCCCCCUAUAGAAUUUGAUUUCUUCGCGAUGUUCACCCAGGUGAGGGGCGGCCCACCCCUGAGUUCCUGGAAGAUCAUUUCCUCAUCAUCGGAUUGAUGUCUUUUCCUGGUUUCUCAUGGGUGAAUAUGGAUUCUCUG